CGCGUGCGAACAAUGGGCUGUUCUUCAUCAACAAGUGAUUGUAGCUAUGGCAACUUCUACGGUAGUGCGUCUCCCCAAGGACGUUACCGAGACGACCCCGAGUUUCCAGGUCUUAAACUCUGUACUGUAGACUUCAGGACGUCAGGUUCAGCUGGUCGCAGGCAACGCCGUCCACAUGUCCCCAAAGGCCAGUUAUGGACAGACACCACCUUCACUCUACCCGUGGCAAUAAAGGAAUAUGCUGUCAAAGGAAUCCAGUGGAAGCGGCCACAAGAAAUCGUCCAAGCGCCAGUUCUCUUCUCUGAUGGAACCAGCAGGUUUGAUGUUAAGCAGCAGAAUUUUGGCACCUGCUGGUUUUUGGCCAAGCUGGCGGUGAUUGCAGAGAAACCGGACAUGUGUAAAAAGGUUAUCAACAAGGCUUCCUACAGGCCUCUGACAGACGGAGUCUUCCACUGCAGGUUGUGGAGGUUUGGGCAGUGGGUGGACGUCUACACCGAUGACUUUCUUCCCGUGCGUUACACGAACGGCCAUCGCCAAGUGUACGGCGCCACUUCGGGGACAGACAAAAACGAGAUGUGGGUGUCGUUCAUGGAAAAGGCUCUUGCCAAACUCUAUGGAUCGUACAAUGAGGUGGGCGAUGAAGGAGGAUACUCAAGCGAUGCCUGUCUCAUGCUAUCAGGAGGUGUCACAGAAUUAAUAGAACUACAAUACGACAAGCCAAACCCUCAACAGUUGUUUGACAGACUGAACCAAGUCUUUAAGAUGGGCGCCAACAUUAGCUGUUCUAUUCGUGAGACACAUGACGUGAAUAUGGGACUUAUUGCCGGCCAUGCCUACUCCCUGACUGGAAUACGUCUGGUGAUAAGACGAAAUGGAGAGCAAGUUCCUCUUUUAAGACUUCGAAAUUCUCACGGUUCUUCUGAGUGGAAGGGGACAUGGGGAGACAUGAGCUAUGAGUGGAAGACUGUAUCAGAGAGUGAUAAGAUACGCCACGACAGAGAUGAUGGGGAGUUCUGGAUGAGUUUUGAUGAUUUCCUGGAACAGUUUUGUCAGAUCAUGAUCUGUUGCCACAGACCAGAUGGCCUUGUAGAUGGGCGCAUACAGCCAAUGAAAUAUGCUCUACAUAUCUAUGGGGAAUGGAAAGGACACUCUGCGGCUGGACGAGGGAAAAAUGUCCAAGAGAGACUACAUAAUCCUCGUUUUGAGUUCACCAUAAGCAAUAAAGAACUGAAUAAAGACGGGUAUCUUCCAUUGUUUUUGCAACUGGUACAAAACACGGAACAUAUACACACUGACGGCAUGCGUUGUGAUCUGUUUAUGAUAAAUCGUGUUGAUGAGAGAAAAAAAAGGCUCUAUGUUCUCAAGAUGGAAGACACGCUUGGCAACAACGUCUACAAUCAGAGAUUGCACACCAACUUCCGCUUUACACUCAGACCAGGGCGCUAUCUUGCAGUCCCCUCCACAGAGAAAAGAGGAAUAAACAGGGAAUUCCUCAUACGGGUGUUCUGUUCCUCCCCUGUGCUACAAUGCAGGCGCAUUUCGGGACGUAUAUCUGUCUUCCCAGAUGAGUAGCUUUUACGACGUGCACAGACUCAAAAGAUCGUGAUGUGAUGUCCUCGGACUUACCGUGUCAGGUAACAGAAUUCCUUGAGGAUCAAGUAUAUCAAUGGACCAAGUGACAAGACGUUUCACAACAAUACGUGGCUGACUCCUGUAAGGUUUUCUUGUAUACGAAUAAAUACAAAAUAGUUUCCUGGCUCGAUCGUCGUGCCACCAGUACUAUAACGAGCUAUGUCCCUUCUACGUCCCUCCUAUUGACCAAUCAGAUUGCACCUCUCAUAUCCAAAAAAUAACUCCGGAAUUCCAGCCUAGUACGGCACGGGUGGAAACUGGACUUUUAUAGUCAGUUAAAGCCCUUGCCUCGGGAAGAUGAUGGCAUGAUCAGACAGCUGACACCGAGACAUGACGUACAUUAUCAGCAUGUAAACAGUUAGUAUGACACAAUCAGCCAACCAACAUCCAUGAAUUAUAAUAAUUGGUUUUGCGUUUGAGAUGCCUGUUAUUUGUUAUUUUGCAUUUAUUUAUGGUGUUACAGUAAUCACUUUGUCGUUAGUGUGAAUGUAUGAAUGACAUAGUCGACUGCAAUUAUCUAUGUUUAUGUCUAAUUCAUUAACUACCACGUGGACAUAUUUGAAUACUAAGAGUACGAAGUCAUGAAAAGUCCGUUUGCCAAUAAAUAUU